AUGUUAGUAUUGAAAAACAUGUUCCUUGACAAAAUAAAACCAACUACAGAAAUAAACGACGCAAGACUGAAAGAUUGGGUAAAAGCUUUCCCAUUCACAAAAGAUAUAGUUGGUAACAUGGAAAGAAAACCAGAAUGGCUACAAAAACAUAUAUUUGGAAACGAGCAUAUUCCAUAUGGACAGGCACUGUUUGAAGAGCUUGAACCGGAAACUCAGGAAAGAGUCAUGCAAACAAUAAGCGACGACUCAAAUACAAACUAUGACAAACUCUUUCUAGGAUAUAGGUUACCUGAGAUGGGCGACCAGAGCCCAAAGGCAAAAAGGACAUGGAAAAUUUGCAACAUACUAGAUGAACAUGAGGCAAAGAUGCAACAACUUGAAGCAGAGGGCAAGUUACCAAAGCGACACCAAAGAAGAAGAGUAGAACAAAGUGAAAGUAGUGAAGAAGUAACUUCAUCUAGUGAAAGUAGUGGCAAUGAAGGAAAAAGAAGAGUUAAAAACUCAGUCAGGAAGAAAGUAAAGCUUGGUCCACGUGGGUUCUAUUAUGACAUAUAA